CCUAACACGAGUUUACCUCUUCUUGGAAAUCCUCCUAAGAGUUCCGUUUCACCAUUUGAGGUCCCCAUGGCGGCGGCGCAGCUCCACGGAUCGGCCGCGGCCACGGCGGCCUUCCGGCGAACUCGAGCCACCACAGUUCCGUCCUCAUGCCGGUGGCUGCAAAACGCUCCCUCCGCUUCCCCGAAGGAACCCAUGCUCUUUCUACAAGGUUAGUUUGGCUAUAACUUUUAGAAGAAGGGUUAACAUAUUUUGCUGUCCCAGCAGCUUUUGAUUUCUACCAGUGGGGUGGGUAUGAAGCCUUUUGGUUUUGGUGCUAAACUUUCAACAAAAUGUGCAAAUGAGAAUGAUCGAGUUGAAGAUUUAAACUUAUGAUCAGAUCAGAUGAAGGAAUUUGUACAAGUAGAUGAGCAUGUUAUUUCCCAGAAGAGGAGUGCUAAAAUCCAUGAUUUUUGCCUUGGGAUCCCGUUUGGUGGUCUUUUAUUCUCUAUGGGGCUUCUAGGAUACAUUUUCUCCAGAAGCACCCUAAGUCUUGUCUUGGGCGUCGCACCAGGGCUCGCCACUCUUCUACUUGGUACUCUCAGUCUAAAGUUUUGGUGGAGUGGAAGAUCCAACUUCCUACUCAUCUUGACCCAAGCAGCAAUUUCUGCUUUCCUGACAUGGAAGUAUUCUCAUGCUUACUUCUUGACAAACAGACUCCUUCCUUGGGGCUUCUAUGCUUCACUGAGCACUGCAAUGUCUUGUUUCUACGCAUAUGUACUGCUUGCCGGAGGGAAUCCCCCACCUAAGAAGAUCGCGGCGCCCUAGAAAGAUGGAUUCAGUACAGCGAGUAUAAUACAACUUCGAUUAUCCCCAUUGUAUGUUCCCGAAUCUUUGGUUCACUGCGGGCUUUUGGUUUUUGGCUCUGAUAGCCUUAAACUUUGAGCAAAUAAAGCUUCAGAGGAUAGUAUCCCUACCUUCAGUGAACAUGCUAUUUUCUUCCACAUGAACGUGAUAAAAGAUACUCCAUUUGGCUUGCUCAGCUUCUACUAGAGACACUUGUAUUCCACUUUAACUUGAAAUAUUUUGAAGUCCAGAUGA